AUGCUGGAGCUGGAGGCCCCGGAGCUGCUGGUCCCGGAGGUGCUCAUACAGGAGGUACUGAAGCUGCUGGAGCUGGUGGUGGUGGUGCUGCUGGAGGUGCUGGAGGUGCUGGAGCUGCUGGUCGUGGAGGUGCUCGAACUGGUGGUACUGAAGCUGCUGGAGCUGGUGGUGCUGCUGCUGGAGGUGCUGGGAUUGCUGGUCCCGAAGGUGCUCACACUGGAGGUACUGGAGCUGCGGGAGCUCGUGGUGGUGCUGCUGCUGGAGGUGCUGGAGGUGCUGGAGCUACUUGUCCCGGAGGUGCUCGUACUGGUGGUACUGGAGCUGUUGGAGCUGGUGGUGCUGCUGGUGCCGGAGGUGCUGGAUGUGCUGGAGGUACUGGAGGUGCUGGAGGCGCUGGAGCUGGAAUCACUAGAGCUGGAGGCGCUGGAGCUGGAGGCGCUGGAGCUGGAGGCCCUGGAGCUGGAGGUGCUAGCGCUGGGGGUGCUGGAGCUGUCGGUACUGGUGCUGGAGGCACUGUGCAGCGGCGACUAUUUUUCGUUCCGCCAUCGCCAUUGUCUCUGCCGCCACCUGGCUCGGCACUUUGCCAGUCGCAACCACAUCUACAGCCAGACUCCCCACUGCCUGCUCCUUCUCCAUACACUGAGCAGCCAGACUCCCUUACAGAGCGUCGUGAGCCUACGUCUCGUCCUGCCUCUCGUGUUCGCACUGGUCCGCACUGGUCGUCGUGCUCCGCGUCACCGUCCUCCUCCUGUCGCCGGCACGCACCAUAUGGCACUUCAUCCUUCCUCUGUUCCACAGCUUGUCCCCCUACCGUCUCCUCCUGCGUCCUCUCUUGCUGACGGACCGGACCCUACGUCUUACUUACUUCGUGCUGCUAGACCUACUGUCCCACGUCUUCUAGCCACUGUUGUCACCGACCCUUCAUUUGAGUCCACUUCUGGGUCUGCCAUAGUUGUUGAGCUUGUUGACUUUGCUGCCGCCUAUCGUCUCGACUACGCCGCUAGUCUCGUUGCUGAGUCUGAAUCUGUCUGUCCUCCGUCCGUCGGGGGUGAGUGUGCUCUUGGCACAAACGUCCUUGAGGAUAGGCAGGAGGACUUUGAGUAUCUUGAAGCUGCUGUACCUCAUCUCGUGUACAUGCUGCUUGCACCUGAAGGAGACUUGGAUGCUCCGGACAUCCCGACCCCGCGCUCUUACGCAGAGGCGAUUACGGGUCCCUACUCCUCAUAG